AUGAGUACCAAACGGCGCGUGGCAGCUGCGGCUUCACCUGAACUGAGGACCCGCGGGAAGCGCCGCAAAGUGUCUGAUGAUGACCUCGUGGACGUCGAAGAAGCCAAUCAUGCAUCAUCUAAUCCAGCGGAUGAGGAUGAAGUCGGCGGGAGCUCGGUGUCCCAGGAUGAGGAAGAGACCGAAAUCAACUUUGAGGGCGACAGCCUUCAAGCAGCACAGGACAAGAUUAUGUCGGAGUUGGCCCGGUUGAAAGAUGCGGAUGGAGACGAAGUGGCCUAUCCAUUUAUUGGCAAGCCCGAUCGCAACAUCUACCGAGACUACUAUGAAAUUAUCCACCACCCAGUGUCGUUGCGGAGUAUUCAGAAGAAGGUUCGCGGCACCGAUAGCCGCAAGAAGCACUCGAAAGUGACUGCAUACCCCACAUGGCAAUCUUUCGAAGAAGAAGUCAGCUAUAUCUGGCGGAACGCGAGAGAAUACAAUGAAGAUGGAAGCGAAAUCUCGGUUCUCGCUGGCGUUCUGGAGGGACAUUUUAAACGACGGGUGGCAGAAGCCAAAAAGAUCGUUCCAGUUCCCAUUCAGGUAGAUGGCCAUCCCGAAACCGAAACGCCUCGAAUUAAAUUAAAAAUGGGGGCGAAGAACCCGGAAUCGGCGGCAUCCAAGUUAACACUGAAGAUGCGUGGGCAGACCUCCGAGACACCUUUCAAGGAUGACGGCCCGCAACCCGGUGUCACAGUUGAUAAUGAAUCAUUGAAACGACAACAAGACCUUGUCAGAGCCGGUUCGGCAAGUCAAGAUGUUGAUGCGCCUAAAAUGUCUCCUCGAACGAGGUCACUUCGACGACAUGUGGGAAGUCCUAAAUCCAGCGCUGCGACGACUCCAUCCGUAUCAGAGCAACUACACAAUGUACCCGUUCAUGGACGGGAUACGACUGGCCCAAUAAAAGACGAGAAUCCGGUGGCACACUCCCAGCAUGCCGAAACACGUCCUUCCCAUGGCCUUCAUGGGUCUCUCUUGGACUUAACCAGCGGAAUUUCCUCAUACGACGCACCAUUUCAACAAACACAUGAGCCAUCACCAUUGGAUUCUCUCUGGAGGCGACCAGGUCAAGAUGCUAAUUCUGCAUUGAUUCGCAACGUUCAAAUCUUCACUCAUCCCUCGUUGUCUCUGGAACGCGACCUGUGUCUGGACAUACCCCCGUCUGCUACUCUUUCCCAGCAAACCAUUACUGUCAGCCUUCCCUCGUCGUGCCAUUUGAUGAGAGUUAGGCCCACACUGGCCGCUGGGACAGCCCAGCGGCAGGUCAAGAUUGUCGCCCUAAUGGGCAUGCAACGUUUGCACCCGUCUGGUGAUGCAUCUGCGCUGGCGUAUGACAUCCAACUCCAUCCGGGCACAACUAAGGUCGAUCUAGAAGCAAUUUCAGGACCGGCUCGGGGCGUUCCAAAAUCUGGACCUCCAGGUUCUGAUGUGGACUACGAGCGAGUGACAAUUUUUUUCAAUCUGUUGCGGUGA